AAGUGUGUGAGGCAUAAACUGAUGAAGCCGUUAACAUUUCACAAGAGAAAUGUGGAAGUUGUAGAAUGUCUAAUUUUGUCAGUAGUAAUAUGAGGUUCAACAAGAUUUACAUAGCGUUUCAGUGUGACAGAAACUGUCACUGAGAAUAAAAACAUAAGGGAGCUGUAAUUAGUGGCUUCAGAUAUGUUGCCUGAGAGUGUGCCUGUGUGGCAUACUGCAGUGAACUUUGAUAUGGCUCAACAGUCAGUGGCUCCCCAGAGGAAAAAUGGUAAAGAGCUGCUUUGUGAUCUAAAACUGCAUGCGUUUUAGCCCCUGUAAAAGUGUGUGCAAACUGGCAAAACAGCGUUUACCAUCGUUCAUUGCUAGCCCGUAAAGGCUGACUAAUGGCAGACAGAGGUUAAUAUGUGGAACUUUUAAAUAGAAAUUUAAAGAAUCAUCAUUUCUGCUUUUCAUUUCUCAGGAAGUUGUAAAAUCAGGGAAAUAAUAACUCUUACCACAAUUAACUGUAAAGUCAUGAAGGAAAAAGAAGGUGACUGGUGAUAUAAAGUGAUUAUGGUGCUGGUUUCACUAAAUUGCAGGAUAUGUAAGAUUCCUUAUUGUCAUUGUAAAAAGAUAAAACAUAAUUUCAUUUGAGGACUCAACAAGCAGCAAGAAAUUAAAGAGUAGGAAGGAGAGUUGGAAGAACUAUUAAAGCAAUAAAGCAUAAAAACUAUAAACCAUUUUAAAUGGGUUCAAAAGUAGCAGACUUAUGCAUUUGCUCAUCUUUUAUGUCAGUCCUCAUCAGUUAUUUACCCGUGUGUGUAUGAAUUAUAAGGUAAAGACAGGGGCUAAUGGAGGCUACAGUCUUGGGGAAGAAGGUGCUCCUUACUAUUUAUCUGAGUUUUGAUGGUCUGGUAUCUCUCCCUGAAAACAAGGGCAUAGACAGGUGGUGACCCUGGUGUGUCUAGUACAUACACAACAUGCAAGUCUGAAAGUGUAACUCUCACAAUCCUUUGCCGUCUUGGCCACACAGGCCAGCUUCUUUUUAUCUUCUGCUGAGCAGCUGGCAAACCAGACUGACACCCUGACAGAGGAUGAUAUCUACUGUGUUCCUGUAGAAGCUCCCCUGGAGCUAAGUGUGUAGUCUGGCCCGCUUUAACAUUCUCAGUGGAAGGCAUGGGUAAAACACACAGCUGGCAGUGGAAUGUGGUGGGCUUAGAUCCGACUCUUCAACAACAAAACAAAGGAGCUGCAGAGGAGUAAGGAGGUAUACCAGUCCACAGCUUCUUCAGCCUUACUUCAAGUUGUCCCUCUUGGACUCCUCAUCAGCCUGACUGUCAGGUUACAUCCAAGCAAACUUUACUGAGAUUUUUGAUGUGGCUACAGUCACAUCUGAUUCCAGCCAACAGCUUAAGUUCCCUGUGAAUUUUAUUUUAUUUCAUGUCUUCCUGACUCCCAAACACCCCCAACAAUCAUGAGAAACUCCAGAACAAACCUGCUACUGGGUUGUGUGCUUCUCUGCUCUGUCUCCCUCCUCUACUUGGGAAUGAGUGGAAUAGACUGCCCUCAAAAAAGCCAUCGCUACCGAUGGAUGGAGCUCAACCUGGGCUCAGGCAAUCAGAGCCUGUCCCUGACUGAACACUUCCCUGAAGACACACCCAUCAUCUUCAUCGGUGGCUUUCCCAGGAGUGGCACCACUCUGAUGCGUGUCAUGCUGGAUGCCCACAAUGCCGUGCGAUGUGGAGAGGAAACUCGAGUGAUUCCUCGCCUUUUGGCCAUGAGAGCCACUUGGAGCCGCUCUGUUAAAGAGAGGAUACGAUUGGACGAGGCUGGGGUCACUGACCAGGUGUUGGACUCAGCUGUGCGAGCAUUCCUGUUAGAGGUGAUAGUUGGUCACGGGGAGCCUGCACCUCGUCUUUGCAACAAGGAUCCAUUUGCACUAAAGUCUCUGUCCUAUUUAGCUCGCAUCUUCCCGAAAGCAAAAUUUGUACUCAUGCUACGAGAUGGACGGGCAACCGUUCAUUCUAUGAUAUCACGCAAGGUGACUAUCUCAGGUUUUGACCUGACUAGCUACAGGGAUUGUCUGACCAAGUGGAGCAGCGCGGUAGAGACCAUGUUCACCCAGUGCCAGGCAGCUGGGGAAGCCAGAUGUAUGCCCGUUCGCUAUGAACAGCUCGUUCUCCACCCAGAAGAGGAAAUGAGGAAGUUGCUCAACUUCCUUGAGCUGCAAUGGGAUCCAUCAGUGUUGCACCAUGAAGAGCUGAUUGGAAAGGCUGGUGGCGUGUCACUGUCAAAGGUUGAGCGUUCGACAGACCAGGUGAUGAAGCCGGUCAACACAGAAGCCCUCUCUAAGUGGGUGGGACACAUUCCCUCUGAUGUGAUCAGCUACAUGGAUGAAAUUGCCCCCAUGCUGGCUCGGCUGGGCUACGAUCCCCAUGCCAACCCUCCCGACUACACUAAAGCAGAGCCCAUGUCGUCUCCAUUCAAUUAUUCACAGAGAGUGAAAGUAGCAGAUGCUCCUCCCACCAGUUAAACUCUGCCGUGGUGUUCUACAACUUGGACGCAACUUAAACGUGAACUUCCAGUUCAGCAGUAAUUAAUCUCACAGGAGAGAAUUGUUAUAUGUGCAUUAUUGAUUUGUUCACAAGACUUGUGUGCAGUGUCCAUGACUGCACACCGGUGGAGUGUUUAAAUUGGGGACUUAUCAAAUGGUUUAAGGUUUACAGCUUGAUACUUUUACCUGGAGUGGACCACGUGCCCUGAGAAGUUGGCUUCUUUUCAUGCUUCAUCAUCUCCAUGGUGAAAAGUACCAUAUUGCAUCCUGUUACCUCCUACCUUAGAGUAUUUCAACAUGUCUGUAAGUUGUUUUGACUUCAUCACAAUGUGAAUGUGUCUUUAGACAACUUUCUCACUGAAGGUUCAGUGUUCAUGAAGCAUAAUGACUAUAUUUUUUAAGAUGUGUGUUUAUUUUCUUAAUAAAUUAUUUUGGUGUUGUC